AUCCAAGCUUCUCAGAAAGGCAAUUGCGGUUCGCGCGCGCAUCUUCCUCCUCGCGGCCGGGUAUAAAAGGCCUCGUAUCGCCCUUGAAGUGUUUUUAGUGCUCGCUGGUGCGGCGCGUAACGUGCUUAACCGGUUUCACGUGCGCGAGUUUUCUGCUCGCAUUACAUUUGGUACUCCAACUUGUCUUCCUUAGUAGAAACAUUAUGAAACAUUUGUUCGUUAUUCUCCUGAGCAUCAUCGUUGUGCUGGCCGAGGAUGAUCCCGCUGGCGAACAACACGAAGUCACCGCUCCCAUUGGGAAAAUUCGCGGUUCCACCAUGACCUCCAGACUCGGCAGGAAGAUCUAUUCCUUCCGAGGUGUGAGAUACGCUGAACCACCGACUGGACAGCAACGUUUUCAAGUAGCAAUUCCGGCGGCAGACUGGAACGACGUUUACGAUGCAACCAAAGAAGGACCUGCCUGUACAGCAAUAAACGUACAGAAUAUAAUGGAGGAUUGUCUUCGUGUGAACGUUUACACGACGAAAUUACCGUCGACGAGCGAGUCCGUGAAAAGACCCGUGUUAGUAUUCUUCCAUCCCGGUGCUUUUUACUUAUUUUCGGGUCAGAGUUCUUUCUUCGGACCUCAGUAUUUGUUGGACAAAGACGUCGUUCUCGUCACCGUCAAUCAUCGCCUCGCGACAUUAGGCUUUUUGAGCACCGGCGAUUCCAAAGCACCGGGUAAUUUGGGCCUGAAGGAUCAAGUCAUAGCACUUCGAUGGAUUCAAAGAAAUAUAGCCGCUUUCGGCGGCGAUCCCGACAGCGUUACUAUAUCUGGUUGCAGCGUCGGUGGAUUGAGCGUGAUGUUGCACAUGGUCUCGCCGAUGUCCAAAGGAUUGUUCCAUCGAGCGAUCGCGAUGAGUGGAUCGAUGAUGACGACGGAACCACACCCGACUAACCAGUUGCACUUGGCAAAAAAGCAAGCUGAAUUAUUAGAUUGUCCAACCGACAGCACUGGCUCUAUGUUAAUUUGCUUGAACUCCAAACCGGUGGAGAAUUUCACAGACACUAUAACCAAGUUCUUUGAAUGGUAUGCUUAUCCAGUCUUGAUAUGGGCACCUGUAGUGGAACCUGAGGUUCAUGGCGUGGAAAGAUUUUUAACUGAACAACCCGUUGAUCUUAUUAGACAAGGAAAAUUCCACAAAGUUCCGCUGAUUGUAGGAGUUACUAAAGAUGAGUUUAGCGGUGUGGCCGCCUAUGUCAUGAAGCAACAUGAACUUGGAAAUGAUUCGUUUGUGAAUGACUUGAACAAUGAAUGGUACAGAAUCGCACCGAUCAGUUUCAUGUACGAACGCGAUACGCCUCGAUCUAGAAACAUAAGUGCCGAAUUGCGUCGAUUUUACUUUAACGAUCAACCGAUCAGUCCAGACAAUUCCGAUGCUCUUGCAAAAUUAAACUCUGACAGCAUCAUUACAUAUCCGCUAUAUCGCGCUGCAAGACUGAUCGCAGAGAACUCUGAUCAACCUACCUAUUUUUAUAAGUUUUCUUAUCAAGGACGACAUAGUUUUGUCAUGUGGAACGAAACCACACCAUUCGGUAUUAUCUGUUUUCACAUUUUACUUUGUUCAAAUUAUUCAAAUUGUUUUAUAAUACUUUAUCUGACUUUUAUCUAACUUCUAUA